AUGGAAAGCGAAAGUGACAGUCGGGUUCAUUUCUCCGAGGUAAACGAUCCAUAUUCUAGCUCUCGACAUGUUGCCGUACUACAAGCUCUUGAUACUGUUGAAAAGAAACUAGUAACAUCACUGCGGACGGCAGCUAAUGCCAUGUAUUACAUGAAUCCACGUGUUUCAUCUGACGAGAAUUCGUCACUGGCUUUUAACUCGACGUGCACUGAAUUUCUCCAAUUGGUGAACGAGAUUCACACUGAAUUGGCCAACCACAUCCAUCUUGUCUCGGACUACCGCACGUUUAAACGAAGCACAUACGGCGCGGAGAAGGAUAUGGAGAUAUGUCGUGAGAAAGUUAAAAUUGUGUCGGAGCAAUUGCAGACACUCUCACGUUUUCUCGAGGAACACUAUACACCCGAGGAGACCUAG